UGCGCAUCGCGCUUUCUCUAGCCGCCGCGCCCCCGGCCGCCCUGGUUACCGUUGGUGUUUGAGAAUUCUCUGAAGCGGCUUCUUCGCCUCAGACCUGCGCCGCCGGCCUCCAGCGACUGUUUCACACGCGCACGCUCGCGUCACGUGGACCGAGGCUCCUCGCGAUCGCUGGCGGGCAGCUGAGCCGGGAGGAAGGAGCUGCGGCCACAGCUUGCCCUCCCUCUGCGCCCCACGUCGGGCUUGCGGAUCAAAAUGGCGAAAGGGGGGUAGCCGGCACCGACCCUGAAGCGAUGGGGCGCGCAGGUGGGGCAGUUGUCGGAGUACUCUGACGUGGACUCCGGGCUUGUCUCGGCGAUUUGACCUGGCGACCUCCGGCCGGCGCCUAGCAGGUCAGACCACGGACUCCGCGGGUCUCCGCGGGCCCGGUCGAGAGCCGGAGGCGAUGGAUGAACAGAGCGUGGAGAGCAUUGCUGAGGUUUUCCGAUGUUUCAUUUGUAUGGAGAAAUUGCGGGAUGCACGCCUGUGUCCUCAUUGCUCUAAGCUUUGUUGCUUCAGCUGCAUUAGGCGCUGGCUGACAGAGCAGAGAGCUCAGUGUCCUCAUUGCCGUGCUCCACUCCAGCUGCGAGAACUGGUAAACUGUCGUUGGGCUGAAGAAGUCACACAACAGCUUGAUACUCUUCAACUCUGCAGUCUCACCAAACAUGAAGAAAACGAAAAGGACAAGUGUGAAAAUCACCAUGAGAAACUUAGCGUAUUUUGCUGGACUUGUAAGAAGUGUAUCUGCCAUCAGUGUGCACUUUGGGGAGGAAUGCACGGUGGGCAUACCUUUAAACCUUUGGCAGAAAUUUAUGAACAGCACGUCACUAAAGUGAAUGAAGAGGUUGCCAAACUUCGUCGACGUCUUAUGGAACUGAUCAGCUUAGUUCAAGAAGUGGAAAGAAACGUAGAAGCUGUAAGAAAUGCAAAAGAUGAACGUGUUCGGGAAAUUCGGAAUUCAGUUGAGAUGAUGAUUGCACGGUUAGAUACACAGCUGAAGAAUAAGCUUAUUACGUUGAUGGGUCAGAAGACAUCUUUAACACAAGAGACAGAACUGUUGGAAUCCUUACUUCAAGAAGUAGAACACCAGUUGCGAUCUUGUAGUAAGAGUGAGUUAAUAUCUAAGAGCUCAGAGAUUUUAAUGAUGUUUCAGCAAGUUCAUCGAAAACCCAUGGCAUCAUUUGUUACCACUCCUGUACCACCAGAUUUUACCAGUGAAUUAGUGCCAUCUUAUGAUUCUGCAACUUUUGUUUUAGAGAAUUUCAGCACUUUACGCCAGAGAGCAGAUCCUGUUUACAGUCCACCUCUUCAAGUUUCAGGACUUUGCUGGAGGUUAAAAGUUUACCCAGAUGGAAAUGGAGUUGUACGUGGUUACUAUUUAUCUGUGUUUCUGGAACUCUCAGCUGGAUUGCCUGAAACUUCUAAAUAUGAAUAUCGUGUAGAGAUGGUUCACCAGUCCUGCAAUGAUCCCACCAAAAACAUCAUUCGAGAAUUUGCAUCUGACUUUGAGGUUGGAGAAUGCUGGGGCUAUAACAGAUUUUUCCGUUUGGACUUACUUGCAAAUGAAGGAUACUUGAAUCGACAGAAUGAUACAGUGAUACUAAGGUUUCAGGUACGUUCACCUACUUUUUUCCAAAAAUGCCGGGACCAACACUGGUAUAUUACUCAGUUGGAAGGUGCACAAACAAGUUACAUACAACAAAUAAACAAUCUUAAAGAGAGACUUACCAUUGAACUAUCUCGAACUCAGAAAUCAAGAGAUUUAUCACCACCAGAUAAUCAUCUUAGCCCCCAAAAUGAUGACACUCCUGAUGUUCGAGCUAAGAAGUCUGGGUCAUGCUCUGACAUUCUUCUCAAAGGUGGUUCUACUGCAGCUUGUCUAAGAGAGGCCAAAGAGGAUGACGAAGAUGAGGAGAAGAUUCAAAAUGAAGAUUACCAUCAUGAGCUUUCAGAUGGAGAUCUGGAUCUUGAUCUUGUUGGUGAAGAUGAAGUAAAUCACCUUGAUGGCAGCAGUUCUUCUGCUAGUUCCACAGCAACAAGUAACACAGAAGAAAAUGACAUUGAUGAAGAAACUAUGUCUGGAGAAAAUGAUGUUGAAUAUAACACCAUGGAGUUGGAAGAGGGAGAACUCAUGGAAGAUGCAGCUGCCGCAGGACCUCCAGGGAGUAGCCAUGACUACAUGGGUGCCAGCAGCAGAAUGUCACGAAGAACACAUUUGUGCUCUGCUGCCACCAGUAGUUUAUUAGACAUUGAUCCCCUAAUUUUAAUUCAUUUAUUGGACCUUAAGGACCGGAGCAGCAUGGAAAAUUUAUGGGGUUUACAGCCUCGCCCACCUGCCUCACUUUUACAGCCUACAGCAUCAUAUUCUCGAAAAGAUAAAGAUCAAAGGAAGCAGCAGCAGGCAAUGUGGCGAGUGCCAUCUGAUUUAAAGAUGCUAAAAAGACUGAAAACUCAAAUGGCUGAAGUUCGAUGUAUGAAAACUGAUGUAAAGAAUACUCUUGCAGAAAUAAAGAGCAGCAAUGUUGCUUCUGGAGAUAUGCAGACAAGCCUUUUUUCUGCUGAUCAGGCAGCUCUGGCUGCAUGUGGAAGUGAAAGCUCUAGCAGAUUACAGGAUUUGGGAAUGGAGCUCCUGGCAAAGUCAUCAGUUGCCAGUUGUUAUGUACGAAACUCCACAAAUAAGAAGAGUAAUUCACCUAAGCCAGCUCGGUCCAGUAUAGCAGGUAGUCUAUCACUUCGAAGAGCAGUGGACUCUGGGGAAACCUGUCGUUCAAAGGGAGACUGUCACACUCUAUCUGAAGGCUCCCCAGGAAGCUCUCAGUCUGGGAGCAGGCACAGUUCUCCCCGAGCCUUGACACAUGGUAUUAUCAGUGAUAUUGUGCCCAAAACAGAAGAACGGCAGUGUAAAGCUUUGGAUUCCCGUGCUGUUGUGGUUGCAGUUUUCAAUGGCCUACCUGCUAUAGAGAAAAGGAGGAAAAUGGUUACUUUGGGGGCUAGUGCUAAAGGAGGUCGCCUGGAAGGAUUGCAGGUGACUGAUUUGGAAAAUAAUUCUGAAACUGAAGAGUUGCAGCCUGUGCUACCUGAAGGAGCUGCAGCUGCCCCGGAGGAAGGAAUGAGUAGCGACAGUGACAUUGAAUGUGACACUGAGAAUGAAGAGCAGGAAGAGCACGCGAGCAUGGGUGGAUUCAACGACUCUUUCAUGGCACAGCCCCCAGAUGAAGGUACACAUUCCAGUUUUCCUGAUGGUGAACAAAUAGAUCCUGAAAAUCUCACCUUCAAUACUGAUGAAAACAAUGGAAGAGGCUGAUGAACUGCCAGAAGAUGUACCCAGAGGCCGGGCACGCACUCAGGGACCCGCUCAGCAGUACUGCUCGUCUGUCUGUGGCUAGAUGCUCCAUUGUAUGUAAAUGUAUUCCAGUGCGUUUUAGUUACAGUUUAUGGUCUCCUUGGGACCUAUAGGUUAGUGAAUAGAAAAACUACUUAUGAAUAGAUACCUACAGACACUUUACGUGAAUAACUGAAGUAACACUAGACUCAAUUUACACUUCGGAAUGUGUUGACAGAAUAACAUUUUAAUUUAUUUUUCUUUUCUUGCUUGCUCAAGUGCAGACACACUUUAAUAACAUAAUAUUUCUGUUGUGUGAGUUCUGCAAAUAUAAUUUUAAAUGACUUAAUAUGGAUUGGUCAUGUCCCUGGUCAUGUGGGCACACAUAAGAUCAUUUAAAAUGUUUUCAUUAUUUUCUGCCUCUCAGAAUACAAGUGUGGAACAACAAAUAUUUUAAAUCCCUCUUUGUUUUCAUUAGUUGACCGUUGACUUCAGUGUCGUUGCAUUUAAAGAUUCCUGCAUAUUGCACAGUGGUUUAUGUCACAGUGAGAUUGUGAUAGAAAGUUUCCUGCAUACUCAGUUAACUGAAAACAGUUGCCAAACUUCAUCAUUGUGCUCCUGCAUUUGUGUUUAAGCUGCUAUAUAUUUGUGAAAAUUAUACUGAAAGUUGACUAAGCAACUAUUGAAAGAGCAUGACUAGCUAUAUAUACCUGUGAGACAUCUCUGCUUCUCAUAUUUUACUUAAUGAAUAGUGUUCACUUUUCCAUGUCUAAUGUCAUGCUGAAUGCUGUGACUCAUAGUUUAUUUUGUUCAAAAUAGUUUGCCUUUUUUGUUAAUAAAAUGAACCUGAGAAAAUAUGCCUCUGCAAUUUAUUAAAAAUGGGACCAGAAACCUUUUUGUACUCUUGUAUUAGUGGCUGUUUAGCAGUGUGGACAAGAUCAAACAUUGAGUGUUUUGUUGUGUGGUGAGGGUUCAUAUCUCAUAAGAAGCUUCUAUCUCAGUCAUUUUAGAAUCACAGUCAGCCUCAGAGACCAAAAGAUUUCUCCUGUUCCCCAGUGAUGCCAAGGAUACUGGGGUUUUCUCUCGCCCUUGAUGGAACCUGCCAGCCUUGGCUGUGCUAGAUUUUUUGAAGCAGUGAGGGAGGGAAGAAGCAAGGGAGCAGAAUCAAUCGCUCCGCACCGCUUGUCCUACUUUCUUGCACUUCCUGUUCCCUUUUACAUUCCCUACUCUUUUUUAUUUUUUAGCCUUUCUUCUUUUGCUGAAGGGCACAGUUCUGUCAGCCUUUCUAUUGUUAUCUUGUUUCAGUAUUUAGUGUCUCAAGUUCAUUCCUAGAAAAUUUUUCUAUAGUUUUCCUUAGGCCCGGGGCAGGUGAGGUAGUAUAACAUUUGGCCACUGCUUGGGUUGCUGGCAUCCCAUAUCAGAGCUGGUUUGAGUCCAGGUCACUCUGUUUCCAAUUCAGCUUCUUACUAAUGCUCUUGGGAAGGCAGCAGAUGGUGGCCCAUGUGCUUGGGUCCCUGCCACCCACGUGGGAAAUCUGGAGGGAGUUUUGGGCUCCUCCUGGCUUUGUCCUGACCUAGUCUUAGCUGCAUGCAUUUAAGGAAUGAACCAGCACAUGGGAGAUCUCUGUCUCUUGUCAUUCUGCUUUUCAGAUAAAUAAAUCAUUUUUAAGAUAUUUUCUCGAGUCUAAAAAUGUCGUUGCAGUGCUUGAUUUGUGCAUGAGUAUGUAGUUUUUGGCCAACUUUGGCCACUGUGUCAUUGAUUCCUUGAGUAACCUUUGUGAUGGAUGAGUUGGGCAUUGUAGCCAUUUAGCAGAGGAACCUGAGCUUCAGGGAAGUAAGUGUGAUUCUCUUCAGGCUCAGCAUGACUGGCAGGAAUGGGCUGAAAUUUUGGUCUAAUGCUUUUUUCAGUUUAUCUCACUUGAACCCAGCACAACAUUCUGAUCCUUAAUAAUUAAAACUCUAAUGAUUGUCCUAUUUUUUUAACUUUUGAGAUAAUUUUAAAUGUGCGGAAGAAAGUAUGAAUCUUUUUUUUUAAAGAUUUUAUUUAUUUACUUGAGAGGUAGAGUUACAGACAGUGAGAGGGAGAGAUAGAGAGAAAGGUCUUCUGUCCAUUGGUUCACUCCCCAAAUGGCCGCAACGGCUGGAGCUGUGCCAAUCCAAAGCCAGGAGCCAGGUGCUUCCUCCCGGUCUCCCACGUGGGUGCAGGGGCCCAAGGACUUGGGCCAUCUUCUGCUGCCUUCCCAGGCCACAGUGGAGAGCUGGACUGGAAGAGGAGCAACGGGACUAGAACCUGGCGCCCAUAUGGGAUGCCAGCACCGCAGGUGGAGGAUUAACCAAGUAAGCCAUGGCGCCGGCCCCAGAAUGUAAGAAUCUUGAGAGUUCUUGUAUACCCUUUGUCUAGAUUCUAAAAGGGGGCUUAGAAAAAUUGACUGAAAAGUGGAAUUCAAAGUCAAGUUUAUUUUGGUGCAGAACAUUUUUGAAAAUCCUGAACAAUUUUUUAUAACAUAUGUUUUCCAAGAACUAAAAUAUUUUUUUAAAUUGAUUUUCAUUUUUUUAUUUGAAAGACAGAUCUCCCAUCUUCUAGUUGACUCCCCAAGUGCCUGCAAUAGUCAAGGCUGGGACAGGCCAACACUAGGAAUCUCCUGAAUGGAUGACAGAGACUCAGCUACUGGUCCCAUCAUCUUCUGCCUCUCUUGUUAUGCAUUAGCAGAAAGCUAGACCAGAAAUGUACCUGGAGGCUGGCGCUGUAGCUCAGUAGGCUAAUCCUCCGCCUUGCGGCGCCGGCACACCGGGUUCUAGUCCCAGUCGGGGCGCCGGAUUCUGUCCCGGUUGCCCCUCUUCCAGGCCAGCUCUCUGCUGUGGCCAGGGAGUGCAGUGGAGGAUGGCCCAAGUGCUUGGGCCCUGCAUCCCAUGGGAGACCAGGAUAAGUACCUGGCUCCUGCCAUCAGAUCAGCGCGGUGCGCUGGCAUGGCAGCCAUUGGAGGGUGAACCAACGGCAAAAGGAAGACCUUUCUCUCUCUCUCUCUCUGUCACUGUCCACUCUGCCUGUUUAAAAAAAAAAAAAGUGUACCUGGGACUGGAACCAGGUACUCCUAUGUGGGAUUUGGGUGUCCCAAGCACUAUUUUAUUUAUUUAUUUAUUUAUUUAAGAUUAUUUAUUUGAGAGACAGACUUAUAGAGAGAAGAGACAGAGAGAGAGAGGUCUUAUAUCUGCUGGUUCGCUCCCCAAAAGGCUGCAAUGACUGGAGCUGGCCAAUCCAAAGCCAGAGGCCUAGAGCUUCUUCUGGGUCUCCCACGUGCGUGCAGGGGCCCAAGAACUUGGACCAUAUCCCAUUGCUUUCCUAGGCCACUAGCAGGUAGCUGGAUUGGAAAUAGAGCAGCCAGGACUCAAACCAAUGCCCAAAUGGGAUGCUGGUGCCACAGGCGGAGGUUUAACCUACUGUGCCACAGCACUGGCUCCCCAAGAAGCAUCUUAACCACUGUGCAUGUGUAUCCCCCCUCCCCAGGACUUUUUUGAAGGAGCCUUGUAUGCGUGUAUUUCAUCAUUUUUUUGCACCAAAAUAAACUUACCUUUUAAUUCCAUUUCCAUGAGCUUUUUGAAGUUCUCUUAUACUUUUGUUAAUUUAUAUAACCAGACAACCAUGAUUAAAUAUUGAUUAUGGUACUAUGAACUGAACUACAGAAUUUGUACAGAUUUCACCUUUUAUUUCACCAGUGUCCUUUUUCUGUGCCAGGAUCAAGUCCAGGAGCCUAUAUUACAUUUUGUUUUAAUGUUUCUUCCAGUCUAUGAUAGUUCCUUAGUCUUUCUUGCUUUCGUGACCUUGGUGUUUUUUAAGAAGACUUUAUAGAAUGUUCCAUUUAGGUCCGAAGCUUUUGUACAUUAAAUUGAGGUUAUACUUUAUCUGGAAGGCUACCAGAGAGAUGGUGUGCUCGUCAGUGCAUCACAUCAGGGGACGUGAUGUUGGUGUUUGUUGCUGGCACUGUCAGCCUUGAUUGCAGAGAUUGCACAGAACUACCAUUUCAGCUAACCUCUUGCCUACUGAUUUUAGCACCUACCUUUAGUGAUUGCUACUGAAGUGUUCUCUUUUUCUUUUUUUAAAGAUUUAUGUAUUUAUUUGAAAUUCAGAGUUACACUGAGAGAGGAGAGGCAGAGAGAGAGGUCAUCCAUCCGAUGAUUCACUCCCCAAUUGGCUGCAACGACUGGAGCUGCACCAAUCAGGAGCCAGGAGCUUCUUCCGGGUCUCCCAUGUAGGUGCAGGGGCCCAAGGACUUGGGUCAUCCUCCACUGCUUUGCCAGGCCAUAGCAGAGAGCUGGAUCGGAAAUGGAGCAGCCGAGACUAGAACUGGCGCCCAUAUGUGAUGCUGGCACUUCAGGCCAGGGCGUUAACCUACUGCGCCACAGCGCCGGCCCUCUCUUUUUCAUAUUUAUUUUCAUCUACUUGAAAGGCAGAGCAACAUAAUGAGACAAAGAUACCUUCCAUCCAUUGGUUCAUUCCUCAAAUGCCCACAAUAGCUAGAGCAGGGCUAGGCCAAAGCCAGGAGCUCCAAACUCUAGCUGGAUCUCCCAUGUGUGUGGCAGAGGCCCAAGUGCUGGAGCCAUACUCAGCUGCCUGUCAGGGUGCAUCAGCAGGAAUGCUGAACCAGACGCUGCUGCUCUGAUAGGGAAGUGAUUAUCUCACUUGGCAAAUGAACCCACUGCAAUGUUCUAAUGAUAGUUUCCAGUUCCCUAAUUUCUCAUAUAGUUUUUUUAUUGUUAUAUAAAGAAAAGUUGUUCCAUCUUCACAUUUAUUUCCCAAUUUAAUUGUGUCAGUAUAGGUUAACAUUUAUUUUACGCUUUGAGUUGUGUUCUAAAGUUGUGAUUUGAGGUUGUUGUAAUCAUUAGAAAUUGUAAGUUCAUUCCAUUGUCCUUUUGAUAAAUCCCAUCCUUAAUGGUUGGUUUGUUUACAUAUUACUUUCUCACAGCAAAACAUGCUCCAAGCUUACCUUGUAUUUUUCCCUACCUAAGCCCUAAUAGAAUCAACCCCUUCUUGAAGAACCAUGGAAACGUAUUAUUCGUGUUAAUACAUGCAUUUCUAUGUAUUUGUUUAUGUUUGUAAAUCUUUUUUAAGAAAAAAUGAUGAAUCUAUAUUGUUAGCUGUACCUCCAAACCAGCUAACCCCAUAGGCUCAUUUUAACCCCCUUUCUUGUCUCUAAUGCUUCUUCUAACAGGAGAAACCUGGCUCUAAUACAUUAGCUGUAAUAUUUCACUUGUUCAACUUGAAUGUAAAAACCAAGUAUUUUAGAACUGUUGACCUAUGCCCAUGAGAAAUUUACCACCUAGAAUAUAGUGCUCUUUGUCUUUUUUGUUCUCAUGUCAAAACCCUAUCCUGAAGUGAUUUAGGUCCUUAUAUUCAAAAUUACAUUAGUUCCCUUCUUUCCUUUUUUUUUUUUUUUUUUUUGACAGGCAGAGUGGACAGUGAGAGAGAGACAGAGAGAAAGGUCUUCCUUUGCCAUUGGUUCACCCUCCAAUGGCCGCCGCGGCCGGCGCACUGUGGCCGGCGCACCGCGCUGAUCCGAAGGCAGGAGCCAGGUGCUUCUCCUGGUCUCCCAUGGGAUGCAGGGCCCAAGCACUUGGGCCAUCCUCCACUGCCUUCCCGGGCCACAGCAGAGAGCUGGCCUGAAAGAGGGGCAACCAGGACAGAAUCCGGCGCCCCGACCGGGACUAGAACCUGGUGUGCCAGCGCCGCUAGGCGGAGGAUUAGCCUAUUGAGCCGCGGCGCCGGCCUCCUAUCUUUUUCAUUGUGAUUACAUGAUUCAUUUAUAAUACAGCUAGGUUUCAUCUGGUUUAGUCUGCGUUCUGUCCUCCCCCACACAUCCUGUGUUUUUAAUUUACAUACAUUAAAAUGCAAUUUUUCUGAUACGUAGUUCUGUGGGUUUUGACAGAUGUCAUGUAUCUGCUACCACCACACUACACAGAACAUUUCAGUCACCCCCAGUAUUCCCUUGUGCUUCCCUCUUCUCCAAGUCCUGGCUGAUUUGUUCUUUAUUUUUCCCUGUUCCUGAGUCCUUUGUCUAAUAAAAUUUAGUUAAAUUUCAUCCAUUUUAUGUAGAUUCAUACUUUUUUUUUUCUUUCUGCUGAGUAGUAUUCCAUUGUAUGGAUAUGUCACAGUUGAUUCAUUUACCCAUUAAAGGCUAUUUGGAUUGUUUCCUGUUUAUGAGCCUUAUAAACAUCUGUGUUCAGAUUUAAGUGUGAGCAUAAACUUUGAUUCUCUAGGGUCUGUGGGUGGGAUGGCUGGGUGUGUAACAAAGCAGCCGCUGGCCUCUGUCCCCUGUUGCUAGGAAGCAGCCCCCAGAGUCCUUGGAAUUUCCCCGGUGACAGGGCUGCUAGUUUAUGCUAAUAAGCUGGCACUGGCUGGGGGUGCAGAGCUGUCAGUCCAGUUGUGUUCAGCCUCGUUGCGGAUGAUGCAGUCAUGGCCAUAUGAUGCACUCCCAAUAAAACUGGUCACUGGCGCUCAGUGCCUGGUCAGCAGAACUCUAUAUGAUUCUAAAUCAGUACCAGGAGGUCACUUGUCCUCCUCUCAGACCUCACACCAUCUCACUAUCUGGCUGGUUUGUAUUUCUAUCCUUUUAUCAUAAAAAUGUAAUCCUAACUAAAGUGCUUUCCUGGGGUCUGUGAGUUGUUUUGGUGAAUUUUCAAAUCUGAGUGGAUGGUGGAAGUCCCACAAAUUUGUAGCCAGCUGCUCAAAACUGAGGGUGGUAUGGGAACCUGUGAACUUACAGCUGGUGUCUGAGGCGAUGGUGUUCUUGUGGAAGACUUUGCCCUAAAUCUGACAACUGUCGCCUAACUCCAGAGAGUUGGUGUCAGAACUUAUUGCGCUGAAUCCUGUGGUAACAAUAUGCUUAACUUUAUAAGGUACGACCAAACUUGACCAAGUGGCGCUGCCAUUUUGCAUUUCCCACCAGCAGCAUACCAGAGUUCUAGUUCAGUAGAAGAUGGCCCAAGUCCUUGGGCCCCUGCACCCGCAUGGGAGAUCCGGAAGAAGCUCCUAGUUCCUGCCUUUGGAUCGGCCCAGCUUUGGCCAUUGCAGCCAUUUGGGGAGUGAACCAGUAGAUGGGAAGACCUCUCUCUCUCUCUGUCACUCUGCCUUUCAAAUAAAUAAAUCUUAAAAAAACAAACAAACAAACAAACAAACAAACAAAAAAAACCACCACAACUCCCAUCUACUAGUUCACUCUCUAAAUACCUUCAACAUUUGAAACUUGGCCAGGUCAAAGCUGAGAGCUGGAACUCAGUCUAGGUUUCCCACAUGGGUAUCAGGAACCCAAGAACUUUAGCCAUCACCUGCUGUUUCCAUGGCGGUCCACAGUAACAAAGUUGGAGCCAGAAGUGGAGCCAAGACUCAAACCUAGGUGCUCUGAGAGGGGAUGCAGCUAUCUUUUUAUUUUUUUUUAAAGAUUUAAAGCCAGGAUCUAGGAGCUUCUUCCAGGUCUUCCAUGUGGGUAGAGGGGCCCAAGGACUUGGGCCAUCUUCCACUGCUUUCCCAGGCCAUAGCAGAGAGCUGGAUUGGAAGUGGGGCAGCUGGGAUUUGAACCAGUGCCCAUAUGGGAUGCUGGCCCUGCAGGUGGCGGCUUUACCUGCUACACCACAGCGCCCACCCUGCAGGUGUCAUAGGCCAAAUGCUCUGUCAGUGGUUUUUAUUAUAGCCAUCCUAGUAAUUGUGUAGUGGUAUUUGUUGUGCUAAUAUUUUGCUGAGAAUUUUCACAUAUUCAUGAGGGAUAUUACUUUGUAAUCUUAUUACUCUGUCUUCUGUGCCUCUCUUCAUUAAAAGUGACCCAUCUUAAGAACAAUAGAUAAUCUCUUUGGUAAUUUUUAUGUCUGAAAGUAGACAGCUCUGCUGCCUAGAUCCUAUUGUAAAAAUUGAAUUAAUGUAGUUAAGAGUUGUGCUUGGUUUAAGGCUUGCAGUUGUUAGAAUUAAGCUUAGUAGUUUCAGGUUCCUGUAGUGCCCCAUCAUGUUUCUGACUGGGAGUACAAUGCCAGAGCAGGUGUCAGCUGACCCUGAGUUUCGGUUGGCUUUGUGUUGUGCAUCAGAGAAGGUACCUUCUCUGUGUGUGCUCUUGUUGCUCUCUUGACCUCCUAGAAAGCUUGACUGGAGCUUGCAGUCUUGGGAGUGGAUUAAGCUACAGUUUGAGGCACUGUAUCCCCACCUGAGGGAGGCAGGAGUGGUCUUCCCAGCUGGUUGUAGGGGCAGUGAUACUGCCACCUGGGGUUUGACUUCCCCAGUGCCACAGGGCAGCACUGUGUGUAUUUGUGACCCUUGUUCUGUGGCGGGGUUGGAGAGAAAGGGUCUGGCGAGUGUAACCCUCCCACAAGGCUCUGCAGGAGUGGCAACACAGGUGACAUGUCUUAGGGUUGUUUCUUCCGAGUCGUGCCUUGUGAGCAUCUGUUGUGCAGCAGUAAGAAAAAGACUGCAAAAGUGCAGGCUCUCCCAGGUCGCCUUCUCUACAGGUGCCCAGGGCUUCGCACUGUAUUGCUGAUCCACACUGCCUUCACCAGUUGUCACUUAGGCUAAACUAUGCUUCCACAUGUCUGCUUCCAGCUACCUCGGUAAACUGGUGCCGGUGCUCCUCUCUCCUAGGGACCAGACCCCCUCUCAAGUUGGGGCCAGCUGGUUGCUCUGCAACCUCAACUUUCUGUGGUUCAAAAAAAGUCCAUUUGUAGUUAAUUCAGCUCUUUUUUUUAAAGGAGUGGAAGCAGUGUUUUUCUAGUUCUGUAUCUUAGCAUGGAAGCUGGAAAUAGUGUGUGGUUGUAUUUGGUUUUUUAAAUAUAGUAUAUAUUGUUGAAUUAAAAACAUGAGUAUAAUUAAUUUUAAAACCACAGUUCAGAAACUGAGCUAUUUUCUAUAUCUAGUUUUUGUUUUUGAAGUUUUAAAGUUGGUAAUAGUAUAGAAAAUUUGAAAAGUGAAAACAUCUUCACUUUGGCCUAUUCAUUUUAUUCUUCACAUGGUGAUAUAUUUAGAUUACCCAUUCCCACAUCAGCCAAUGCAUAGUUUCCUAGUCUAGGCUUACAGAAGUCUUAAAAUUCUGCCUAAGGGGACUUUACAGCAAAUGGUCCCAUCAGCCACUCUGUACUUUGAUCCAUAAAUUGAAUCGACUGUUCUCUUUUUUAAAGAUUUAUUUUGUUGAAAGGCAUAGGCAGAGAGAGAAAGAGGUCUUCCAUUCUCUGGUUCACUCCCUAAAUGGCCUCAAUGGCCAGAGCUAGGCUGAUCUGAAGCCAGGAGCAUCUUCUGGGUUUCCCAUGUGGGUGCAGGGACCCAAGCACUUGGGCCAUCUUCCACUGCUUUCCCAGGCCAUAGCAGGGAGCUGGAUCAGAAGUGGAGCAGGGGGCCAGUGCUGUGGCAUAGUGGGUAAAGCCACUGCCUGCAGUGCCGGCAUCCCAUAUGGGUGCCAGUUCGUGUCCUGGCUGUUCCACUUCUGAUCCAGAUCUCUGCUGAGGCCUGAGAAAGCUGUGGAAGAUCCCACGUGCUUGGGUGCCUGCACCUUGCGUGACAGACUUGGAGAGGCUCCUGAUUUCAGGCUUCAGAUUGGCCGAGCUCCAGCCAUUGCAGCCAGUUGGGGAGUGAACCAACGGAUGGAAGACUCUUUUUGCCUCUCCUUCUCUCUCUCUGUAACUCUACCUUUCAAAUAAAUAAAUCUUAAAAAAAAAAAAAAACAAAAAAACAAAAAACGGGGGAGCAGUCGUGACUCGAACCGGUGCCAACACUGGACGCAGCAGCUUCACCCGCUAUGCCAUAGCACCAGCCCCUGGGCUGCUCUCUUUCUACACUCCUUUCUCGGCUGGCACACUUUCUAUUCCUGAUCUCCAGAGCUCUGCCCAGAGUCCUGCAGGGCAUGUGAUCUGUAUGUGCUGUGUACAUCUGGGGCAAGAUGUUCAGUUCGUUUACUUCCCAUUCAGUAUCAUGCAACCUGGUGAUCAUCUGGUUUAACUGCAUGUCCUCAUCAUCCCCCAACCCCAGCCACCUCACCAUUAAUGCCGGGCUCAACUGCUUCACUUUGGUUUAACUACAGUUAUUCAUUUAGAAAAUGGUUUCUCCAAAUGUGUCACAUUCAUUCCUGACAGUUUUUUACAUGUUUCCCCGGUCCUAAAGCAGCCUCAGCAAAAUCAGAACCUGGGGCCGGGUGGGGAUGGGGUGGUGGAGAUCUCAUCUGGAAGAGUCCCUGGCUGGAGAGAAAUGCUGCAGUUAGCAUCAGAGCCGAGCGAAGCCUGGCUGCUCAAGAGUGAGCGCUUUGUUACUGACCAGUACUGACAGUCUCAGCAAAGAACCUGACCUCCAGGUUAUUGAUAGGUGGAGCCACGGCCUGUUCCUAAAGCACAGUAGAAGAACAUUCUUUGCUGACUGCUGUUAAGGUGACAAAUAGCAACUCUGCUAUCAAAAAAGGAAAUGAUUAAACCUUACCUCUCCUGACAGUCUGAUAAUUUGGUAAUUUGGGUAAAUAUUAAGUUCAAAUGAUUUUACUGUAUAUAGAGGUUCACUUCUGUCUUGCUUCAAAAUGAGAGGUUUUUCAACUAAGUAAAUAUUUAAGAUUUUUUAAAAGUGUGAAUAAUACAAUAAUCAGGAUAUUCCAUUCCUCUCAUUUGCUUUAGCAGACCCCUUUAAAUAUAUCAUCCCUUUCAAAACUUUUUUUUUCCUUUGCUGUCAUGCUAAAGACUGGAUGAAUUUAGAGAACCAGGAGUUUAAGCUUGUUUUAACUAUGUGAAAUUAUUGUUCAAGGUUUUAAUGGUGAGGAAAAGGAGAAUAAGAACGCUGUGCAUGAGCUUGGUUUACUUGCUUUUCAGGUUCCAUUCUGUCCCUGUAGAUAACAGCUGUCUUGUUCAACUGGCUUCACUCUGUCCCCUACAUUCUCCUGUCUCUGUCUUCUUUUAGUCUCUUUAAUAGCAAUCCUCCAGACUUUCACCCACAACUUACCUUAUUGUGCUUACUGUUCCCUCCUUUCUUCUCAUUUGAAAUUAAAAGGGCAAAGGCUAAGUGAAAGGGAAAGACUUGAGUGGCUAGAAUUGAGGAGUUACCACUUAGUUCUUGGCAGGUCCUUUUUCUCUGGUCUCCGCAAUUCCCCCUUUCCCCCAGGUUUGCUAAUGGGGAGAAACUUGGGUGAGACUCACUAUCUCUUCUGGGUUUCCUGGUGGAAAAUAACAAUAGGGCAGUACUUAGCAACUUUUCUUUUUAAAAUAUUCCCACCUAUAGCAUAUCAAGACUACCAUCUCGGAACUGUAUUGUUUUUUUCAGUUCCUAGAGAAUCUGCCCAACUUCUUUCCUUUAAAUAAAAAGACGGAUGACUAGUAGUUUUAAAUUGCUGGGUUUUAUUAAGAUAUUGGCAAAAUUUCAAUAUACUCCUUACCUGAAUGAACAAUUUUAAUAAAUAAAAUAUGAAGGAUCACUCAUGAUUACAGCUGAACUCAAAAGUGAGCUGUAGAGCAGGUCUGUAAAUUGAUAAAUUUACUUGGUAAGAAAGAAAUGAUUCACUUCAUUCGCUUCACUCCAGAGAGAAUUCUUUGCAGAGAAAUGUCAUGAACAAGAGAACACAGCCUGUCUCACCAAAGAGCACCUAGAGUUAGGGUUCACAAUGACGUAUCUGUGGGUGACCUAACACAUCAGUUUAUUAGAGGAUUUCCUUCUCAUAUACAACUGCUGUGUCAGUCUGGAGUUUAUCUUAUUUCAUAUUUUGUAAUUAGCACAAUAAAUUGUCUUCAAAUUAGAAGAUAAAAAUGCUGGUAGAGGAAGUAGCAGUUAUUUUUCAACACAGUCCCAUUUAUAUGGAAAAUUAGUCUAAUACUGGCAGUAUCAUAUUUUGUUUGAAAAAGAAACUUAAGCUAAUCACAGGUCAGAACAAAAAAGCAAAUAUUUGUCUUUUGUCUCUGAAAACUUCAUUUUCAAAGGUGAAAAAAAAAGUUCUUUCUUUCACUAAUUUAUGAUCCAAAGAAAAACUGUCCCAAAUUCAGAUGUAAACACAACUACAGUAUCCCUCUUUAUGGCCCUGUAUAGUUGAAAAUACUCUCUGAGUGAACAAACUCGGCUUAAAAAUUAAUCGUUUUCUCACAAAGGCUCAGUAAGCUUGUAGUGGGGAAGGAAGUACUUGAACCACAGCAUUUUUAUCUGUAAACACUGAACUACUUAUGCAUCGUUUUCAGUCUACUCAUUGGAUGUCGCACUUCUUACUGGCACAUUGUUCCAAUCAUGGAGUAUGGUUGUCAUGAAAAUGCAUGUUGAUAUGAUACCACUAUAAAUGUGGUCAGAAUUAGACUCAGUGUUGACAUUGGCAUUGUUGAUAUACUGUCCAUGAAAAAGGUGUUACUUUCAAGGAGCCUCCUAGUUAGAUACAACAGCAAUUUUAAUAGUAUUAAUUCAAGGACAGUGGAUGGCACUUCUAGGUAAAGAAAAAGUAUAUACAUACAUAUGUUUCUACCCAUCCUCUUUAGUACAGACCUAAGUAGGAAUAAUAGCCCCAGUGUCCGGUGCUGUAAUGUGGCCUACUGUCAGAUAUCCCUUAGAAGUACACAUCUAGAAAGUGAACAAAGGAAACCUUUAGAUUAGGGACUUGCCUCUCUUGAAACUCGCAGUGGAUGUACAGGGAGUUUGUAGGAACUUCACUUGGUGACUUGAGAAGCCUGUUUCCCUAACCAGUACUACACUUUCUUGUUGGUGUUUGUUUUUCUAUUCCUAAUCUAACAAGACUUGUUUAGCAGGCAAACAGAUUGAUGCAGAUCAUGUUAAAUUGAAAAAGGGGUACUGCCACUCUUUACAGUUUGAGUGUAGAACUUUCACCAUCACUAAAUUACACAAUGAAAAAAGUACAAAACACAUUAAUUCACAGACUAUACCUCAGCAUUAACAGUUAAUAUAUACUAUAUGCUUUAUAUCUGUCUAAUAUUUUUUACAAUCACCAGAUACACCAUCGUUAAAUACAAGUUACGGAAAUGCGUAGAUACCAUUAGGUAGAGGGUACUUAUUGCUUACGUCAGCAAGCAGCAAAUAAGGGCACAGGAUUUGAAUGGAAGGGAACUAAACUACUUUCUAUCACCAGUGGCAUUAAGAUAUAACACUGCAUUUCACGAAGCACUGCUUUUAUAUCUAGGUUAUAGAACCAGGAGCAGUAUAUAUCAGACCCGUAACCACUACUUUAGUAUGUAUUGUAGAAUUUUAAAGGACUUACCUUACAAACGGUACCUAACUACUCUAUAAAUAUGUGUGUUGUGAACAGAUGAAUGGUUAUUAUUUUUACAAUAUUGGUUUAUAACUUGACGACACCAGGACUACUUUGCUUUAUUUUCUAGAGAGCUAAUGAUAUGAGAAAUGGAGUUAAUGCUGCUAUGUAUGUAGUCAGACCUACAAAUCCAGACCCUUAAAGAUGGGUCUGUUUGUCUCAGUUUCAUCCAUCCAGUAUUUCCCCAGUGAAAAGCCUAUCACCUGCUUUAUUCUGAUCAAAAACAUUGCCAAUAGAUAACUAGAGAAAAUUUUAAAAAUAUUUUUACUUAGCUAGGCUUUCUAGACUAGAAUGUAUACCAAUAUUUCGCUGCCUCUUGUUUUCUUGUUUUCUUAGAUAACUUGAUUUGAAACUGGCACUGCACCUGUUGGGUUAUUAACACGAUCUAGGCUUCAGAAAAUGACAGAAGAGUGAGGUCCAUGCAUGGGGGCAAAGCAUCAGAAUGGUGAAAAGAUCCUAGUAUUGCAGUUGGAGCCAUGUUUACUCCUUUUCAACCCUGUGUCACAAGACUUGAGAAAAGAAGAUAUGACUUCAAAAUCAAGAAUACUGAAAAUCUCUACUUUCACCCAAAUUUUAAGAAAUAAAAUCUGUAGAAUAAUAAUCAGA